CCCUGCGCCACCUCCCGGGUCUGGGUCGGCAACCUCCUGCGCGCUGGCUGCCGGCUGCCACUGCGGCAGCGCUAAUCGCCUUCUCCUGGUCCGCGGGCCGCGCAGCUGGGAGAAAAGAUGUUCGCCGUGCUGACCCGCCAACCAUGUGAGCAGGCAGGCCUCAAGGCUCUCUACCGCACUCCAGCCAUCAUUGGCUUGGUGGUCUUGGUGGUGAGUGUUGUGGUCCUCGUGAGUAUCACACUCAUCCAGAUCCAUAAGCAAGAGGUCCUCCCUCCAGGACUGAAGUAUGGAAUCGUGCUGGAUGCCGGGUCUUCCAGAACCACAGUCUACGUGUAUCAGUGGCCAGCAGAGAAGGAGAAUAAUACCGGAGUGGUCAGUCAAAUCUUCAAAUGUAGUGUGAAAGGCUCUGGGAUCUCAAGCUAUGGGAAAAAUCCUCAGGAUGUCCCCAAAGCCUUUGAGGAGUGCAUGCAAAAAGUCAAGGGGCAGAUUCCAACACAUCUCCAUGGAUCUACUCGCGUUCAUCUGGGAGCCACAGCUGGGAUGCGCUUGCUAAGGUUGCAAAAUGAAACAGCAGCUAAUGAAGUCCUUGCGAGCAUCCAAAGCUACUUCAAGUCCCAGCCCUUUGAUUUUAGGGGUGCUCAAAUCAUUUCUGGGCAAGAGGAAGGGGUAUAUGGAUGGAUUACAGCCAACUAUUUAAUGGGAAAUUUCCUGGAGAAGAACCUUUGGCAUAUGUGGGUGCAUCCUCAUGGAGUUGAAACCACGGGGGCCCUGGAUUUAGGCGGUGCCUCCACCCAAAUAUCCUUCGUAGCAGGAGAGAACGUGGAGCUGAACACCAGCGACAUCACACGAGUGUCCCUGUAUGGCUAUACGUAUGCACUCUAUACACACAGCUUCCAGUGCUAUGGCCGGAACGAGGCUGAGAAGAGAUUUCUGGCAAUGCUCCUACAGAACUCUACCACCAAAACCUACCUCUCCAACCCCUGCUACCCCCGGGAUUACAGCACCAACUUCACCAUGGGCCAUGUAUUUGACAGCCUGUGCACAGUGAGCCACAGGCCAGCGAGUUAUAACCCUGAUGACAUCAUCACUUUUGAAGGAACUGGGAACCCAUUACUCUGUAGGGAGAAGGUGGCUUCCACAUUUGACUUCAAAACUUGCCAUGAUCCAGACACCUGCUCCUCUGGUGGAGUUUAUCAGCCAAAGGUUAAAGGGCCAUUUGUGGCUUUUGCAGGAUUCUACUACACAGCCAGUGCUUUAAAUCUUUCAGGUAGCUUCUCCUUGGACACCUUCAACUCAAAGACCUGGAAUUUCUGCUCACAGAAUUGGAGUCAGCUUCCUCUCCUGCUCCCCAAAUUUGAUGAGGUGUACGCCCGCUCCUACUGUUUCUCAGCCAACUAUAUCUACCACCUAUUUGUGAAUGGAUACAAAUUCACAGAGGACACCUGGUCCCAGAUACAUUUUGAAAAAGAAGAAUGGCAGAUGUGAAGCUGAAGGAUGUCUGGAGUCGUCUGUUCAAUACUAGCUUUAGCAGUAAUUAGAUUAAGCCAGUCAAUAUCCUGCCUUAGGCUCAUGACUGUCUACUAUUACUAAAUAAAAUUGAGUCAUCUACAAAAAAUAUGAAUGUCUAGGGAGACGUAAGGACUGUUGGUGGCAUGUACUCUCUAAGCUUAUCUUCUAAUGAAUCUAAUUACAGUAAA